AAUAUUAAAAACCUAGCUCAAAAUUAAACAUGAAACUUAUUGCGAUGUUUACAUCUGAAUCGGGCCUGAGUGGUGAACGUUCAAGGCGCAAAGUCUUCUCCGCCACGAAUAUUUUUGUCUUUCUGUGAAUUUGACCUGCACGGAAACCUGACAGUUUUCACACAGGGCAACAAAACCCCCCACACAUCAUACGGACCUCCGUGUAGCUGUCCACAAACCCCGCCUGAUUAAAACGUCCCAAACUUUGCUCUGCAAUUAUCCAUCGGAUUGAAACAACCGUUGAUCUGCAGGCGUCUCCCCGGCAACACCGACAAGUCAGCCAUACUGACACCAAGUAGCCCACCUUCGGUGAUAUCCUUGGCUCAGUCAACCGAAGUUACCAGAGCACUUACAACAUCAACAACAACAACAACAACCCCAUUGUUGCAGCUGAGAUGAUCCACAGUCUGUUCCUGAUUAAUCACUCGGGAGACAUCUUCCUGGAGAAACACUGGAAGAGUGUCAUCAGCCGGAGUGUGUGUGAUUACUUCUUCGAGGCCAAGGAGAAGGCGGUGGACCCUGAGGAUGUGGCCCCUGUCCUGCAGACCCCACACCACUACCUUAUCACCGUAUACAGGGGAAAGCUCUUCUUCCUCUCUGUCGUCCAGACAGAAGUAGCUCCACUGUUUGUCAUCGAGUUCCUGCACAGAGUGGCAGACAUAUUUCAGGACUACUUUGGAGAGUGCUCAGAAAGUGUGAUUAAGGACAAUGUGGUGACAGUGUACGAGCUUUUGGAGGAGAUGCUCGACAACGGCUUUCCACUGGCAACAGAGUCCAACGUCCUCAAAGAAAUGAUCAGGCCUCCCACCAUCCUGCGCUCAGUUGUCAACACUCUGACAGGGGCAAGUAAUGUUGGAGAUACAUUACCAACAGGUCAACUAUCCAAUAUCCCAUGGAGGCGUGCCGGAGUUAAAUACACCAAUAAUGAGGCAUAUUUUGACGUAAUAGAGGAAAUAGAUGCCAUUGUGGACAAAUCAGGUACGACAGUAUUUGCGGAGAUCCAGGGUGUGAUUGAAGCCUGUGUGAGGCUCACUGGGAUGCCUGACCUGACUCUGUCCUUUAUGAAUCCUCGUCUACUCGACGACGUGAGUUUCCACCCCUGUGUGCGGUUCAAGCGCUGGGAGUCGGAGCGCGCUCUCUCUUUCAUCCCGCCAGACGGAAACUUCACACUCAUGAACUAUCAAGUCAGCUCUCAAAAUCUCGUGGCCAUUCCAGUGUACGUGAAGCAGAGCAUCAGUUUCUUUGACUCAGGACCUUGUGGUCGCCUGGACAUCACGAUCGGACCCAAGCAGACCAUGGGGAAGACAGUGGAGGCUUUAAUGGUCACAAUCCACAUGCCUAAAGCUGUGCUCAGUGCCAACCUCACAGCCACACAGGGCAACUACACCUACGACCCCGCUACCAAGGUGUUGGUUUGGGACAUUGGGAAACUGAACCCCCAGAAGCUUCCUAACUUGAAGGGCAGUCUGAGUCUGCAGGCAGGAGCCCCAAAACCUGACGAUAACCCGUCACUCAACAUUGACCUGAAGAUUCAGCAGGUGGCCAUUUCAGGUCUUAAGGUCAGUCGUCUUGAAAUGUUUGGAGAGAAGUACAAGCCGUUCAAAGGUGUCAAGUAUUUGACUAAAGCGGGAAAAUUCCAAGUGCGGACCUGACUGCUAGAGGUCAAAAGUCAGCAACCCAAUGAGCCAAAUAGGAGGCAAGUUUACCAGCACUCCGAUAGGUCUUAUAAAUCCUCUGGCCCAUUGUUAUUAAUAAACAGUUAUUUAUUAUGUGGCCUGUAAAGGGAAGCAUUGAUAAUCAAUAUGUUGAUUAUUAAUGCUUCCCUGUUGAAGUGCUAAUAGCUUCUACCCAGUUUACAUGUUCUGCGUUGUAUGAAACAUUCCUCCUGUCUUUUUGGACUAUUUUAGUUUUGUGUUUUAACACCUUCUGAGUGUUGCCUAAGGGGAAUAUUUUGGUUUGAAAAGGGACACUCACUGCUCACUGCCUCCUCCUCCUCGCCACUUUUUCACACCUUGACAAUAUUAUUUGCAUGUUACUUGAGAGUAGGCAGCCACGCAAAACAUUUUUGCUGAGUAUCUGCAGUGUAUAUUUGAGUUUUUCUACAUAUUCACUCUUCAAUGUGGCCUUGAUUAGGGUGAUUUGUAUAACACACAACAACACAGAGGCCCAAGGGAAGAUAUAUGUUUCAAAAUGUAUCGAGGUAAAUACUUCAAAUUAUCUGCAGAGCUGAGAUUCCACGAGUCUUUGGGGAACUGUUUUAUACCUUCGUACAAUCUACAAAACCCCUGAUUAAUCUUGAUGCAACUUCUUUACCCCGCUUAAGAUUUGCACAAUCAAUUAUUCAUGUGAAAAAAUUAUAAUUGUAUAAAGUUGAAUCUGUAUUUCACUAAAUAAGAAGUCUUAUAAAAUUUUUGACACGAUUCUUUC